GAGACACAGCCCAGACAAGGCCACGCGAGCGCCAGUGACCGGAUGUGUGGUUGUGUGCUCUCUACACCUCUUCCAGUCAUGUUCUCAGUUGACUGCCAGUGACAAUAGAGUGUACUAACAGAUCCACCGUACAAUGGUGCUCCCGAAAGUUUGCAUACAAUCAGUGUGACUUUAAUUUGUUAAGUAUAACCAAAAAGUUUGUGGUGUAUGACCUUGAAAAUACAUAGUGGAGUAACUUAAGUGCGUCUUAGAGUGUUACGUCUUUUGAGACUUGGACAAGAAUAAUGAGACAGCGUGAACGAAAGUAAGUCUAGUAAUAAUUGAGUAAGAUUAUAGUUUUAUUUUGUCAGAUAAUUUAAUUAUUCGCUUUUGCGACAAUAAUUACAUUUAGCUAUUAAGUAUAUAAUGUUAGGAUCUAAAAAAAAAAAAAAGAAAUUGAUCCAAUGAGCAGCAGUAGCAAACUGCAGUAAUAUCUACCGAUAACUGUGCUUUAAAGAAAUCUGUAGUGUAUAACUUGGUUAGUAGUGAAGGAGGGGGCGGCAAGCUAGAACGCAUCGCCCCACGUGACCAGUGGCAGCCAAUCAGCGGCGUUGUUGUGAUCUUGUUCCGGGAAUAGCGUUUAGUCAUCGGGACCAAAAUACUGUGGUGUGUACCAUUAUUUCUCUAUCAUUUCUCGUGGUUUGGGACUUGACCAUUCAACAUGAAUUAGCAGGCGUGUACAUCAAGGAAGUGGCCGCGUCCUAAGGAGGUGCUGGAGGCAUGGCUGACCCAAUGUUCGUAGCACAACGCAGCAACAACCAGCUGUCUCUCAACAUCAGUGACGUUAUUGACAUCAUUGGCCAGGAUGCUCCAGAGUGUGCUGCCUCUGACAUGUCAGUGUACGGUGGUCUGCAGAUGGGAGGUGGUGGAGCUGGAACAGCCAGUGAAGCAAACUUUUCUGCAAUCACAAAUCUUUCCAGGACAGACCCUGACCUGGAAAAUAAAAGGAAAGCUUAUGUACGACUCAUAGAGCAGCCCCAGCCUAAGGCCCUACGGUUUAGGUAUAUCUGUGAAGGCCGCUCAGCAGGGUCCAUCCCAGGAGUCAACAGUACAGCAGAAAAUAAGACCUACCCAGCCAUUCAGGUGAUGGGCUACAAGGGCCCUGCUGUGGUAGUGGUGUCGUGUGUUACUGUUGAUCCCCCGUACCGUCCUCAUCCCCACAAUCUGGUGGGGAAGGAGGGCUGCAAGAAGGGUGUUUGUACGAUGACUAUCAACAAUGACUCAAUGCAGUGUGUGUUCAGUAACCUUGGGAUUCAGUGCGUCAAAAAGCGGGAUGUGGAAGAUGCACUUAAACUGAGGGAAGAAAUCCGAGUUGAUCCUUUCCAGACUGGUUUCAGUCACAGAAGCCAACCUCAGAGUAUAGAUCUCAAUGCCCUGCGACUCUGCUUUCAAGUAUUCCUGGAAGGUCCAGAGAAGGGAAAGUUCACAUUUCCUCUGAAGCCUGUUGUUUCCCAUGCCAUAUAUGACAAGAAAGCCACCUCUGACCUUAUCAUCUGCAAAUUGAGUGACUGCACCAGUAGUGUGGCAGGAGGGAAAGAGAUUAUACUGCUCUGUGAUAAGGUCACUAAAGAGGACAUCCAUGUGCGAUUCUAUGAGGUGAAGGAUGGCAUGAUCGAGUGGGAAGGCUUCGGGGACUUUCAGGCCUCUGAUGUUCACAAACAAGUGGCCAUUUCCUUCAAGACGCCGCGAUAUAAAUCCCUUGAGGUGGAGAACCCAGUGAAGGUGUAUGUGCAGCUGUUGCGACCCUCAGACAAGAGCACCAGUGAGCCUCGCCCCUUCCAGUACUUGCCGCUUGACUCAGAUCCUCAGUACCUCAAACGGAAAAUGGCAAAAUACGGCAAUGCAUCAAACACUGACAAGAUUGGCAGGUUUAUAGCAGAGAACAUGGGAGGAGCAGGAGUGUAUCCAGAAAGGAGCAUGGUACCUAUCAGCCAGGCAUCAGGGGCUGUACCUCGACCCAUAAGAGUGGCUUCACGCACGUCCAGAUUGUCAGACAAGAUAAAGAUGGAACCUCCUGACAUGGUGGGGUCCCCCGUUUCCCCAGGAAGCCAAGGAUCCCCAGCUCCACCAGGUGCUCUUCAUCUAGUGAAGGCCCCUGUCUCACCCCAACACCACUAUACUGGAGGAACCAUGCACACUGUGCCCCCUCAGGGUCCCAGUCCUGUAGGCCAGCCUGUGUAUUAUCCCCAGUCAUCUACAGCACAUGGAGGCAGCCUGGGAGUUGCCUUAGGAUCUACUCCAUCCUCAGUAGCACCCAGGGUUCCUUCCCCCCACCAGUACUACAUGAGUCCUGGUGCUCCAUCACCCUAUCCACCUGAGGUCCCUAUGGGUGCAGUUGCUGUGUCAAGUGGCUACACUCCAGUGGUGGUGGCACAUCCCAAUCCAGCCAUCUCGCAGCUCCUUGACCUGGACUCGCGCAAAUGUAUUGAGCAGAACUCCCUUGAUUUGGAUAACAUCAAUUCUGCAGAACUGCGAUCCCUCUUGCCAAGUGAAGACUUCAAUGCAUCUAUGGUUGAUGCACACUUGUCUGAGAAUCUCUCGUCCAACCUCAACAUAAUAGAUCCUCCUCCCCCCAUUAAUAAGCUCAACAGCAAGAGUAAUAUCAGUGCAUCUUCAUCUUACAUGCCCAACAUACCCCAAAAGAAUGAGUUUCAGGGUGGUUCAGAUAGCUUAAAUAAUUUAAAAAGUGAGAUAGAACUCUUGAAUCAACUGUCCUCAGCACAAUGACAUCAUGGAAAAGUUGCAAGAGUGUGUUGAGUGCUAAUAAACGAUGCAGAAAUAUUUAAAUCUAUACUUUGGGAAUUUUUCUUUCCAUGUUUACAAAUUUGUGUGUGACAAGUCACAUGUAGUGGUACCUGUGUAUUAGAUGAAUGACAAGAAAUUAAUAGAAUUUGACAAGUGAUAAUGUGCUGAAACAAAGACAACCAGCCUAUUUUAAGAAUAGGUAGCAAAUAAUGUACCUACAUACUUGUUAAUUAGUACUUUUAGAAAACUUGUGUAAAAGGGGGAGGCAGGAUGUGCAAAUGCAAUGGUAGAAUAACAUACACUUACUUUCCUUGCCUAGAUUACUCAGUGAUAUCAUGACAAAUAUCCAUACCUUGUAAAUAAUCCUGCCAGGAUCAUGUAAUCUUGUUCCUGACAGUACCUGAUAUUAGAAACUGGCAGUAGUCUGACUUCAGACCCCCAAUACAGCAUGUUUAAUUUAAUUAUAAAUUACUUAUGUUGUCACUGUAACCUGCAUCAGGUGUCACUUCUCAUGCAGUUUUACAGAAGCUACCUUUUCAAUUUCAGUUUUGCAUAUUAAUUUUGUACAGUUUGUUAUUCGUACAAGUCCAGUUUCUUCAACAUUUCAUCUGGUUACUCUUUUGUUAAGUUUUCUUGGAUAUAUAAAAUUGUUUAUAUUUUAUGAAGAUGUUUAAAUAUAAAA